CCAUGGUCAAGGGUGACGGUCACAUAGCUAUAGUUAGGAACUCUUCGCAGCGUGUACGUGUAGAACCAUUGGAACCCCGCCCUUCCCAGCAAGUUUAUAUCUGUUGGAAAAGUGUCAGCCCCUAUCAGGGCCUCCCUAAUCUCAGACUUCUGCGGAAAACAUCGUCCAUGACCCUUUCCUAGCAGUGCUCCCUAUCACAAGAGCCACCAGAAAGCAUGGAGGGCAUUCCAACAGAGACCUCCCGUCCGGCUGGAGUGACCGCAGACGGCAUCGAUAACCAGCAGAGCGAAGAGCAGCACGCAGCUGAACACAUGCAAGGAUGGGCUCUCGCGUCUUUGACCAUGGCUUUCAUGUCCGUAUGCUUCGUGCUGGCGCUUGACAAUACCAUUCUGGCGACCGCGAUACCCCAGAUCAGCAGCGACUUCCAAAGCCUCAACGACAUCGGUUGGUAUGGCUCCUCCUACCUGAUCGCGCAGAUGGCGCUGCUGCCGACCUGCGGCCGUCUGUAUGCGUUUUACAACAUCAAGUGGGUGUACUGCCUUUCUCUCGCCGUCUUCGAACUCGGCUCCAUCGUCUCGGCAGUGGCGCCGAACUCGAUGACGCUCAUCGUAGGGAGAGCGGUCUCUGGCCUCGGCGCCGCAGGUUUGGUCAGCGGGACGACAACCAUUUUGUCUUACUGCGUCGCCUUGAAGAAGCAGGCGAUACUGUCGCCCUUUGUCUUGGGCAUGUACAGCAUUGGUUCUACCGUGGGGCCGCUCGUGGGCGGUUCUAUAACCGAUAAUAAGGCACUCACUUGGCGGUUUGUGUUCUGGAUCAAUCUCCCUUUCGGGGCUGUCGGACUGCUUCUGGUUUGGUUCGCCUUGAGGAAGCCUCCACCGGCAGUACAAGGAGGGUUACCAUGGCUCCAAAAGAUCCGUCAAAUAGAUAUUCCGGGGGCCAUUCUUCUGCUCGGGGCAACAUCGUGUCUGAAUCUAGCUCUUCAGUGGGGUGGCAUCGUUUACCCAUGGUCCAACGCGAAUGUGUUUGGCUGCCUGAUCGGAUUCGGUCUACUCCUGGCCACAUUUUUGUACUUGCAAGUCCGGGGCAAAGAAAGCUCCACCGUUCCGCUUCACAUCUUCCGUAGCCGCACCGUCUCAGCGUCAUGCGGCUUCAUGAUGCUCGUCCAGGUGGCCAUAGUGUUGCAAUCGUACUACUGGCCCAUAUACUUCCAGUCGGUCAGGAACACCAAUGCCAGAGACUCAGGAAUCAACCUGCUCCCAUCGAUUGUGUCCAACAGCCUCGGCACUUUCUGCGCUGGUUGGAUCUCGUCAAAGACUGGGCACUACGUACCACUGAUGUGGAUCGGCGCCCCCGUCUUGGCUACCGGAGGCGGUCUGUAUCAACUCAUCCGCGCCAGCAGCCCUAUGGGGCAAUGGAUCGGGUUCCAGAUCCUGUCCGGGCUUGGCUACGGCAUUUGUAGCCAGAUGCCUAUACUGGCGGUUCAAGUCGUGCUCAGCAAGUCAGAUGUGCCAACGGGCCUCGUCAUGAUCAUGUUUUUCCAAAUGUUGGGAGGCGCCUUGGCUCCUAGCGUUGGUCAGAACCUUUUCACUGACGGACUUCUGCGGAAUCUUAGUAGGGUUCAGGGGGUCGAUGGUGCAGCCGUAGUGGCGGCGGGUGGAGUGGGAUUCAGAGACAUGGUUCCUCCAGAACGACUGGAUGCAGUCAUUAACGCAUUCAACUCUGCCUUGAGAAAUGUGUUCUGGGUGGCCCUCGCUGCCCCAGUCCUUGCUUGGAUCGUCAGCUGGGCGAUGGAGUGGAGGAAACUGCCCGACUCUAAGACUGCGACAAUACAAGCCCCCCCGACUACAGAGGCCUCGGAGAAAUAGUUGACGGUUGGUGGAUCAAAUGUUUUUAAGACACAAGGAAAGGAGCUAUUUCUGUCACCAAGAUUGAGAAACCGGUAAGCACGGCCAGUACCAGGACACUCACUGAAGCCUCGAUGGUCUCGUUGAUACAUUCCCGACCACAGCGGGGCAGCUCUCUGCUCCCGCCUCUUUCCUUGCUGGUUCAAGCACAGAAUCUAGAUAUUAGACGACAAACCCAGGUUCCAGUGAAAGUUAUUCCGAGCAUUGUCCCAUGUCCGACACGAUUUUCAGAAACCACACACGUAAUGACACUUCAUUGUUGUUUGGCGGAGAGCUGCGGAGAGCUGUUUGAUGUGUACAAGGAUAUAGAAGUUACCAGGCAUAAUGAACUUGUCGUUAGGGCCGCCACUCGGUUAGAAAUGGCUGGCGCUAGUUUUGGUACCUUCAGCAUUUGAAUCUCGAAGAUUGAUU